UUGUAGUGGAGUGGUUACAUUACUUUGAGUCGUUUCUCGCCGUCGCGCUUUCAUUUCAAAGGUGUUCUUUCAACGGGUUAUCAUGAGGACCUCGACAGCUUUCGCUCGGAGUUAACUUUCACAUAUUUGGGAGGAUGUGGCUUCCAAAUUUCAAUCAUCAGCCGAUUAACUGCGACAAGGAAAACACACAAAGGGACGAGUAUCAGAAUACGUGACCGGUUCUUGUGUACUAAGAUGGAGAGGAGCGUGUGUGAGCGGACCGCGCUGCAGCGGUUCGGUGACAGCGGGAUGAUGCUGCUGCCCUGGACCAAACACAUACUGUGUGUGCUGUGGGAACAUCUGCGACUGCUGGUCCAGGUCAUCUGCUGUACUUUCAUGACAGUUUUCCAGAUGUUCAGGUUUGAAGUCCAUCUGAGAAUUACAGAUGAGACGGGUCAACACAUUCAGCACAUGACCAGGGGGUCUGGAGACCCCUCUGACAACUUCCUGCUCUCUUCUUUGUUUGAAAACAACAAAAACAUGGUUGUUGGAGCUUCAAAAUUUGCCAGGGACCCCUUUGACGUGAGCUCUCACUCCAGAGCCGUUCUGUCAAGUCUUGUCAACGAUGAACCCUUCUGCUCCCUGGUGGACGACUUUGUGUCCCAUGCAACAGAGUGUCUCACCGACAGCGAGGAUCUAUAUAUCGGCGAUCGCUCCGUAUGGAAACACGGAUACGACUGGAGUGUACUGGGAGGUUCGGAGAGGAAAUGUGGAGAGAGUCCCAUUAGUUUUACAGCAUGCAUGUCAGGAUUUUCUUCUAAAGAGAUUGUAAAUCACGAAAAGGUCUCUGCGGAUCCUGACAAGUGUGCUUCAUCUGUAGAGGCUGCUCAAGGUCCGGGUCAACCUCAGUCGCUGCUAGGUCAAUUCUCAGACAGCGAGUUCAGUUGGGGCAGCACAGACAGCUCCUGUUUAGAGGGAGAAAGAGAAGAAAACGACAAACUCUGGGAUCUUCUGACCAGCUCUACGGAUCCAUAUCACCCGCUGCACUUCACUGCAUGUGUGUCCAGUGUGGUCACUGAAACAAGGAAAACAGAAGUGACUCCGAAGCCAUCUCAAGUAGUAACUGAAAGUCCUACUCUAUCACAAUCCACUGUGUCCACAAGCUCUGAUUCUUCCAAACCUGGUUCAGAAGAUGAAGAAGAGGCCUUGUGGAAAUCCCUCUCCCAGAACGAUGACCCGUAUCAUCCGUUGAAUUUCAGAGCCGCUUUACAGAGCUCACCAGCAAGUUUGAAGCACAGUUCCGAUUCAACCUGUCAGAAAACACGAAAUAAGACAGUUAAACACUUAAAACCCUCAAAGCCGCCUUUACGACCAAGAAAAGUGGCAUGCCAUUGCUGCCACAAAUUGUCUGAGACAUCAUGUGUGGUGCCAUGGAGAAGACAUGUUGGUCAGACAGCUGGACAGGGCAUUCAGAAGAAAACUACCACUUUGAAGAAGGUGAAAUUUUCUCCCAUUGUGCAAGUUCACAAGAUGCAAGCUUGGACCUUUGCUCUUCAGGCAUCACGUAAGGGACAGUGGGAGGAGUUUGCCCGGGACAGAGACCGCUUCCAAAAGAGAAUCAAAGAGACUGAGAAGGCCAUUGGCUACUGUUUUAGUAUGUCACACAGAGAAAAGCGCUGGGCCUAUAAGGACAGCACACAGUUAAAGUAACCAGUCCUCGAUCUGCACAUAAAUCUCAAUCCUCCUGAUUGUAAUCAUUGAUAGCUUUCAGGGAAGCCUUUAGACUGUUAUAUUGACAGUUUUACCUCAUCGCUGUGUUCCAACACAUUUUUUUGUGGUGACUGCAAACAAUUUUACCAUGCCUUACAGACUUUACAAUGUAACCGAUGUGAUCACAAAUAUUUAUUUUGAACACAAACUGUGCAUAUGUUAGAAUAGUGAAUAAGUCUUGUUGUUUUAACUUCGUUGAAGUUGAGUGAAGUAGAAUUCAGAAUUAUUUUAAAUUAUUUAUUACGUUGAAGGAAAUGCAAAAGAGCAAGCAAAGGACAGGUUACAAUGCACUGCAAUGUUUACAUUUUAUAGAUAUUUAGUUAAUCUAUCUUAUCAAAAAAUAAACAUUCUGUCAUCUUUUACUCACCCUCUUGUCAUUUCAAACCUGUAGUGCUAUCUUCCUUCUGCAGAACACAAAAUAAGAUAUUUUGAAGAAUGUUGGUAACCGAACAACACUUCACCAUUCGUUUGCAAUGGUUUUGUGUCUGAGCAAUAGAAGUGAAUGGGUACCGCCAUUGUUUGGUUACCAACAUUCUUCAAAAUAUCCUCUUUAGUGUUUUGAAGAAGCAAGAAAGUCAUACAGAUUUGAGAAUGAUUAGGGUGGGAAAAUGACAGAAUUGCAUUAUUUGUUUUUAUAGAUCUUUACGAUUUGUAUGUGGGGAAAAAUAAUUACAAACCAUAAACACUGUUUGCUUUUACAUGUGAAUAGUCUUUUAAUUGUCAUUUUACACUGUGAUUUUUCCACAUGUUGAAUUUACAGUUCUUUCCUUGAA